CUCUCUCCAUUCAUUAUCCCUCUCACCGUGGAUCAUUUUAAUCUGCGCCACUCGCUUCUUUACUUUCGUUUUCAUUUUUAGCUUUUAAUAGUUUAUUAGUUUAUUUCACAGCUUCUACUUCCCUGAAACGCUUCUAGAUGUUCAGAUCAUCAUAGCUGCUUCUGUGUCUCUUGGCUGGUUUGUGUUUAUUAAGUUUAAGAUGUUUCAUUCGGCUUCUUUCCUCACGUUGGUCGUCGCUCUGGCGCUGAACUCAAUAGACGCUAACUCAGAUACACCAGUCUAUGAGAAAGUAGGAGGCACAGCUGUCCUCUCACCCGGCUCUGUGACAGGUCCCAUCACCAACAUCAUGUGGAAACACGACACUGACAUCGCCAUGGGCUGGUUUGAUGGUGAAACCGAGGCCUAUCGACAGUUUAAAGAGCGUGGUUCCCUGAAUGCUUCAACUGGAAACCUGACGAUCACAAGACUGACUCGAAACGACAGCGGCAUCUACACAUCCGAGAUCAACAACAAGAUCACCAGCAAAACUCAACUCAGAGUCAUCUCUCCUGUCUCUAAACCCACCAUCUCAGUACAGUGUGACGAUCAGAGGACCCACUGUAAUUGGACCUGUGCAGGCGCCACUGAAGACGCUGAACCAAUCACCUACAACUGGGUGGCAUUCGACGCAACAGAAAACAUUGUGACCAAGGAGCGCACAAUAACAGAGACGAGGGAGGCUGUGUACCGCUGUACGCUACAAAACCCAGUCAGCCACAAAAGCAGUGAACUAGUCCGCAACCCCUUGUACCCCACUGGGAGGGCAAUAUUUGCCGUGUUUAUAUUAGCAGCAGUGUUUAUCCUUUGUCUUAUCGCCCUUAUCACGUACGCAUGCAUAAAGAGAAGAAAAGCAGGAAGAAGUGAUGGAGGGACCAGUGAAGAGGGAUCACCAAUGCUUCCAAAUGGCCUGAACCAGAACAGCCUGGUGGAUAAUCACACUGCAGGUGAACAAGAGGCAUCAAACCAGGGUCUGACAUCUGUUGUGAUCCACGAUACCAACCAUGUAACUGAGAGACCAGCGAGUGGCCAAGAAACAUCCAGCCAGGACCAACAGGUGGAUAAUCAGACAGAGGAGCCACAAGAUGACCAAGAGGCACCAACCCAGGGUCUGACAUCUGCUGAGCCCCACGACACCAGCAACACGAGGUCAAUGAUUUCAGAGCUCCAAGAACCACCUCCCCCCAACCCAGACACCAGCAGUGACACUGAGAAGUCAACAACGAUUCCAGACACUAACGAACCAUCCAACCAGGACCAAACAACUGCUGCAUUCACUGACACCAGCAAUGACACCGAGGAGUCGACAACAACUUCAGAGGUCCAAGAACCACCUACUGCUGUGUCACCGGAAACCAGCAAUGAAACAGAAGAAUCAGCGGUGCCAACGUCAAGUGACCAAGAAACAGCCAAAGAGGAACAACAGCUGGAUGAUGAGGCAGCAGAUCCACAACACGAGGACUGAAGCUGAAGCACUUUUAUCCCUCCUACAUCAGUUUACAAGCAUCUCUGACUUUCAGGCGUGAUGAGCUGCCAACCUGUCUCCUCCUCACGUUGGGGGCUGAGCCGAGGCCCUGAGGGAAACUCUGCACUGACUUAUAACAGGGAGAAUGCCACUUUCAUUCCCACCCUAUGCUGCAAACAUCUCCUCUUGCACUACAUGGGUUGAGUAGGUAUAAUCUCCUGUUAAAACACUCUCUCACACACACACCACCAAUGGUGCCUUCAGCUAGCUGUAGGAAGAAACUUACUCUGUAAUUCUUUCAUUUGUCAGCCCCUUUGUUUGUUACCUGAGAGACUGAUAGAGUUACAUAGUCUUACUUUAAAUGGCAGCUGGGUCCAGGACUGAUACAUUCUGUGAGUAUUAGUGUGUUGUAUGAGUGUUCCUGUGGAGAGGCUAAAAAUAUUGGAGGGAAAUUUCUACAAAUAUUCUCUGCAUCUGUCUGAGCAGGUGUUGAACUUUCAAACUGAGAAGACAGAAACACAGUUCAGCUCUGAUAAAGUGACUUUAUUAUUGUUGUUAUUUUUUGUUUAGCUUUACAUUUCUGUUCUGAGAAGAGAAGCUUUAAUAGUAGCAUUCAGUAUCACGACCCAGCCUGGGUCAGCCUCUGGCACUGUAAAGCCACAUGUUCCCAAAAGUAGUGCUUAGGAACAAAAUGGUAAUGGACUGAAUCUCCUGUUAGACCAGGUGCUGCACUGAAAGUGGCUCUUUCAGUACAUUAAUAACGCUACAAGAACUCUAUGACACACUGCUACCUACCAGGAACAUCAUUAUAUUUAAGGUCUUUCUUGUUGUUGUUUUUGUCUUUUUCACUUUUUUAUUGAUAAUGCUGAUAAAGGGAAACAGGAAAGGCCGAGAAGAGUUUCGCUGCUGUGGUCAGACCACAGCCUUGUUACACAGUUCUUCCCUUUAACACUGACUCUCUCUCUACCUACAAGUCAGUGGAAGAGAAUAACUUCUUAAUUGGUUUUUUAAACAGUGUUUAAACAGUGAUGAACUCUUCCUCUAUGUCUUCAGGCUCGUGUUUUGUUUGUCUUUGCUCCCUGGUACUGUUCCCUGUCUGUCCACCAGAGGACACCACACUCUCUGUUUGUCAACCAGCUGUGUGGAAACAUGGAUGACACAUUAACUGGAUGUGAAGAUUUUUUUAAAGAUUGAAAUGAAAAUGUAAUUCAUGAUAUGUAGCCAGUAUUUUUCAGCAGUCAUCCAUCUUUAUACAUGUUUAUUUAUUAUUUGUUAUAUGUCUUUUUAUGUGUAUUGUUAGAGUUAUUGUUAAAUUGUUGUUGGUAUGUCUACCUGUCUUUUCCAUUGAUGCUGGACUUUGACAAUCACUUAAGUUGUGUCCCAGAUUCAUACCACACUCUAAUUCUACACACUAAUCAUCAUAGUGUUGUGUUUUAUCAGUAAACAAAAUGAUCAGCAUCCUGAACUGUUUGACUGAACUGAAAGUGUUUAUGAUAGUUAUACUGGUCCCUGCUGUGGACAGCUGAGAGGCAGUCAUACACCCAGUGGAUAAUUUCAGACCUUAUGAUCCCUGCUGGUUUUUAUUGAGCCUUCAGAUCAGUAUGACUGUGAUAAAUGUAUUAAAUCACACUGUAAAGGUCAAAAUGUUAAAUUGAACUUGGUUAAUGCUGCACUGUGGGAGGAAAUCAUCCCUGUUUAGUUUGUAUACUUCACAGUUAAUACACUAUCUACUAAAAACCUGCUUGGAGUUAGUUUAGUGUGGAUUUGGGACAGGCUCUAAGUCAUAUUUUAUUUUUAUUAACCAAGAGUAAAAUCUUUAUAAUGUGAAUUUCAUUUCAUUUCCAGCAUUUUUUUAUGCACAAACUAAAAUGUACAUGUCUAAUGUAAAGUGUUCAUUAGAAGUAGCUGAUUGGAAAUGCAUUGAGAAGCAACACUGUAUAUGCCAUUAUGUAGAGUCUGAAGAGUUUGAAAAUGUUAACUUAACACAUGAGUACUUGAUAUGAGGGUCCAGAACCAAAGUGUCUGUAAAAUACUCCUUUGUUUGCCUGGAAACAUGAGACUUGCACACAGCUCCUCCACGUAUCAUGUUUCUUUAAAGUGUAAUGAUUGUAUGUUGAGAUUAAGCUGUUUUAGAUUUAGUUAGUAUUUUAGCAGAGCCUUUAAACGGACAAAGUGGAUCCUACAGCAACAGGACUGGGUGUCCCAUGGUUCAUUGUCACAGUGUCACUAUAUACUCAUCAGCAUGUCUGUGUCUCAGAGGCGUUUUCUCACUUACAGGUUUCUGUGUUUGCAGCUGCUCUGUAUGUUUGCACUGUGAAAUCAGCUGCUUCAUGUACUGCAUAGCAGCUGGUUAGGAAUAUGAUUUAUAUAUUUAAAUGAGUAUAUAUAUAUAUAUAUAUAUAUAUAUAUAUAUAUAUAUAUAAUUACAUGUGAGUGAAGCUAUGCUGCAGAUUUUGCUUGAAAAUAAUUGACAUUUCUAUUAAUUUAAAAUGAAAAUAAUUGAACAAGAUGUUUGGUCAGGAGCUCGGUUAAGAGCUCACGUCAGAAUGUAAUUAUCUGCGGUAGUGUUUCCUUUCUCUGCGCAGUUUUCUGAUCAAACACUCAUAAUAAAUUUGGUACAAAACAGA